CGUCUCCAACUAGAUAAUUCGUCUUUGAGUUCAAUGAGUGGAGAGUGGACAUGAACUGAAAGGCCGAAAUUCAUAACAAGCAAACUCGGCGUGAGGGAGCUCUUUCUGAAAUAUUUCAGUCGGGGUCAUAAGAAGAUGCAACAAUGACUCAGCCGCUGCUGAAUGAGUUCAUUCCUCCUCCGGAGUGCCCUGUUUUUGAGCCCAGCUGGGAGGAAUUCGCUGAGCCUUUUGCGUACAUCAACAAAAUACGACCAAUCGCGGAGAAAACUGGCAUUUGCAAGAUCCGACCGCCACCGGAGUGGCAGCCUCCGUUCGCCUGCGAUGUUGACAGACUGAAGUUCACACCACGUAUACAAAGGCUUAAUGAGUUGGAGGCUCAGACCAGAGUUAAACUCAACUUCUUGGAUCAAAUAGCCAAAUUCUGGGAGCUCCAAGGAUGCACUCUGAAAAUCCCUCAUGUGGAAAGAAAGAUUUUGGAUCUGUACCAACUGAAUAAGUUGGUGAAUGAAGAAGGUGGCUUCGAUGCAGUCUGCAGAGAGCGGCGCUGGACUAAGAUAUCAGUCAAGAUGGGCUUUGCUCCAGGCAAGGCUAUUGGCUCCCAUCUGCGGGCGCACUAUGAGCGGAUUCUCUUCCCUUAUAACCUGUUCCAGACUGGAGCCAAUCUGCCCAAGGCCACCUUGACCAAUGACACUAAAGAUAAGGAGUACACGCCUCACGACCUGCCGCAGCGCCAGUCUGUCCAGCCUCAGGAGACCUGCAGCAUCGCUCGCCGAGCUAAGAGAAUGAGAUCUGAAAGAGGCUGUGUCAAAAGUGAACCUGAAGACGUUUGUGAGAAUCGUCCCAACCUGAGGAGGAGAAUGGGACCAUAUAUUGGCAAACAAGAGCCUGUGAGAAUGGCAAUCACUGAGGUGAAAAAGGAGCCCAUUGAACACGAGGCUCCACCACAAUAUGAAGAAACUAUAUUAAAUAAAAUAAACAAACCUCCAUCAAAUAAAGUGGACCAGUACAUGUGCCUGGUAUGUGGCAGUGGAAGUGCUGAGGACCGGCUACUGCUGUGUGAUGGCUGUGAUGACAGCUAUCACAUCUUCUGUCUCAUACCUCCCCUCCACGAUGUUCCCAAAGGUGACUGGAGAUGCCCCAAAUGCCUGGCUCAGGAAUGUGGCAAACCUCCCGUUGCAUUUGGCUUUGAGCAGGCCAGCAGGAGCUACACCCUCCAAUCAUUCGGAGACAUGGCCGACUCCUUCAAGUCUGAUUAUUUUAACAUGCCAGUUCAUAUGGUUCCUACUGAGCUGGUAGAGAAGGAGUUCUGGCGCCUUGUCAGCACCAUCGAGGAGGAUGUCACAGUGGAGUAUGGAGCAGACAUUGCCUCCAAGGAGUUUGGGAGUGGUUUCCCUGUGAGGAACGGCCAUUUUCAAGUAUCUCCUGAGGAUGAGCAUUACCUGACCAGCGGCUGGAACUUGAACAACAUGCCAGUGCUCGAUGCCUCUGUGUUGACUCACGUUACAGCUGACAUCUGUGGGAUGAAGUUACCCUGGCUGUAUGUGGGCAUGUGCUUCUCUUCCUUCUGCUGGCAUAUCGAAGACCACUGGAGCUACUCGAUAAACUACCUUCACUGGGGGGAGCCCAAGACAUGGUACGGGGCUCCAGGUUAUGCUGCGGAACAUCUUGAGUCAGUCAUGAAGAAAUUGGCCCCUGAGCUGUUUGAGUCACAGCCAGAUUUACUUCACCAACUGGUGACCAUCAUGAAUCCCAACACACUAAUGAACAACGGCAUUCCGAUAUAUCGCACCAACCAGUGUGCAGGGGAGUUUGUCAUCACUUUUCCCAGAGCUUACCACAGUGGAUUCAACCAGGGUUUCAACUUCGCUGAAGCUGUCAACUUCUGCACCAUGGACUGGAUGCCCAUUGGCCGUAGCUGUGUGGAUCACUAUCGUGAGUUGAGCAGAUACUGUGUCUUCUCCCAUGACGAGAUGGUUUGUAACAUGGCCUUUAAAGCGGACAUGAUGGAUGUCGAACUGGCGUCAGCAGUGCAGAAAGAGAUGACUGCCAUGGUUCAGGAAGAGAAGGCGCUGCGAGAAAAUAUUAACAAAAUGGGCGUGGUUCAGUCUCGACAAGUUGAUUAUGAGGUGCUCCCUGAUGAGGAGCGGCAGUGCUGCAAAUGUCGGACCACCUGCUACCUGUCUGGCAUCACCUGUGUCUGCAGUCCUGGCAAGAUGGUGUGUCUGUACCACUCCCGAGACCUCUGCUCCUGUCCUCUGAGCAACCUCACACUCCAUUACAAGUUUACACUGGAUGAGUUGUACCCCUUGAUGGCGUCAGUGAAGAUGCGUGCGGAGUCUUAUAAAGAAUGGGUCGCUAAUGUUCAGGACAUCGUGGAGAACAAAGGAACCAAGAAAAGAGGUUUGGAAGAGCUUCACAGUCUGAUGGAGCAAGCAGAAAUAAAGACGUUCCCUCAAACCAGCCUCCUGGAUCGGCUGCGUACAGUCACCUCAGAGGCCGACAAAGUCGCUGUGAUGGCACAGCAGCUUCUCAAUGGGAAGAGACAGACGAGGUAUCGGUCUGGAGGAGGAAAGUCUCAAAGCCAGAAUGAGUUGACUGUGGAGGAGCUGAGGUCUUUUGUCCAGCAGUUAGACAAUCUGCCUUGUAGCAUCCGACAGGCUCCUUUACUGAAGGAUCUGUUGACUCGGGUAGAUGACUUCCAGCAGCGCAGUGAGCGUCUCCUCUCUGAUGAGUCACCGAGCGCACUGGAGCUGCAGGACUUGCUGGAUGUGAGUCUGGGACUGGAUGUGGAGCUGCAGCAGCUUCCCCUUCUGAGGGAGAGACUGGAACAGGCUCGCUGGCUGGAAGCUGUGCAGCAAGCCAGUGGCCGGCCGGACAGCCUCUGUCUGGACACCAUGAGGAGACUGAUAGACCAGGGUGUGGGUCUGGCGCCUCACAGCUCUGUGGAGAGAGCCAUGGCUCGUCUGCAGGAGUUGCUGACGGUGUCAGAGCAGUGGGAGGAGAGGGUGCUCACCCUUUUGGAAGCAAGGCCAUUUCACACCAUGGAAACACUUGAUGCUGCUCUGCAAGAAGUAGAAAACAUCCCUGCAUAUCUACCCAACUGUUUGCAGCUGAAAGAUGUCGUCAGCAAGGCCAAGAAGUGGCUGAAUGAAGCUGAAACACUCCAGCUCGGGGGACGUAUCCCCGUGUUGGACAACCUCUCUGAGCUGGUUCUCAGAGCAGAGGGUAUCCCAGUGAGGCUCGACCCACUGAGUCGACUGGAGGCCCUCGUGGGUGAUGUUCAGAGCUGGAAGGAGAGCGCAGCAAAGACAUUCCUACUGAAAAACUCCCCGUUGUCUCUCCUUGAGGUCCUUUGCCCAAGAUGUGAUGUAGGAUCUGCGAAUCACAAGUCAAGAACUAAAAAGGUGAAAGAAGCUCCACAGCUGAGUAAAAAAUGUUCAUCAAAGCUGGACUCGGUGUGUGACGUGGAGAGAGCGCUCUCUGAGAGCAGGGACUCGGCCUCUGCUAUGACCACCCUGUCAGAGGUCCGACAGAGGGAGAUGGAGAUCUUGUUGGCUCUGAGAGCUUCUAAUGAGUCCAAGCUUCUUCCUGCUGAGAACUCUUGUGCACUAAGUGUUUGCGUUUGCCAAAAGGCGCCUUCAGGAGCCAUGGUGCAGUGUGAGCUCUGCCGAGACAUUUUCCACCAUGACUGCGUUACAGCAAUGGCAGAUCUGGAGUACGGCCAAGCCUGGCUCUGCCCACUCUGCCAGCGGUCGAGGAAACCUCCUCUGGACAAGGUCCUGCCGCUGCUGGCCUCGCUGCAGAGGAUUCGGGUCCGCCUGCCUGAAGGAGACGCCCUACGCUUCCUCAUUGAGAGGACAGUGCGAUGGCAGCACAGAGUUCAGCAGGCCUGCACAGAGGGAGUGCUGGAAAACGUGUCAGAGAUGAGGAGAGUUGGACCCAGAGCUGCUUCAUGUCUGACUCAGGAAAUAAAUGGUUCAACAUUUUACACAGAACACCAGUCUGUUCCUCUCCAAGAACUCAGUCCUGAGCUGGAGGAGCUGAUGGUGGAGGGAUUUCUGCUGCAAGUCACUCUGCCUGAGACUGAGCAGCUGUACAGGUACCUGCUGUACAAACUGGUCCCCCUGCCCCCACAGAGCAGCCCCUGUGGGAAGAGCCCAGAACAGGAUCAGGAGUCUCGGAAAGGGAGCCCCCACCACAACAAGAAUGGAGUGCCUAGUCCGAAGAAGGAGGCAGCGAACAGUCAGAGCAAAAGGACCAAGCGACGCAAGGACAGCUCCGACUCUCAGCACAGUGAGAAGGCAAAGAAGUGUCGCAAGAAGAAACCCAAGAGAAGCAAAGAAAGGAGUGAAGAAUCGAAAAGGACUUGUUCUCCGACACACACGGUGUCUGACCCUGCUCUCUCAGAUUCAGAAGAGGACUAUUCACUGUGUGCUGCACCAUGGUGCCGAGAGCCAGAGGGUGACGAGGUAAACUGGGUCCAGUGUGAUGGCACCUGCAAUCAGUGGUUCCACCAGGUCUGUGUGGGUCUGUCUGCUGAGCGAGCAGAGAAGGAGGACUAUGUCUGUAUAAGCUGCACACAGCCAGACUAUGACAGAGGAGAAUGAAGACCAAAAAAGUGAUGUUGAAGGAGCAGCAGCAAGCCGCAGCACUUAAGUGCACACCUGAACUCUGUGUGUCCUGUGGCUUCUCCCUUUACCUUCUGGCUUGGCCUCAGUGAACAUGGUGCUACUUCCUUUGUUUCCCAGAGUUACUAAAGACUUCUGUCGCUGUUUUUGUCACACGACUGGUUUUUCAGCCAAUCAACUAAUCCUUUCUCAAACUUUCCAAGACUUGAUGCAGGUGUGGUAAAAUGUCUCAAGAACCAUCAGCGCAGGGAUUUUUCAACCAAAAAAAUGUCAGUUUGACAUUUUAAAACUGUUUUCUUUUUUUCUUUUUUUUUUUUUUUGCUUUUACGUGCAUCUGAACAAUGUGAAACUUACCUUUCUCUUGUAGAGUAAAUAUUAUUUAUCUAAGCAAUAGCUGAACAGAUUAAUUGAGGUUCAGUUUUCAGUUGAGCUAUAUUUGUGCGUAGAAAUACUUUGAUAAAAUGCCUUCCUGAAGCAAAACCCCUGAAGAAUUCACUUUACGAAUCCUAUGAUAAUACACGGUUCAAUUCAAGUUUGCGUGCUCCUCAAAACAGAAAUGGAUCAGUGAUCCAACCUGUGCAAAGUUUGCACCUGAUAAUUUACCUGUAUCCCUUAACAAAACUCCGACUUCAAUGUCAAGUCAGGUUUCCCUUUUGCGCUGUCUGUGGAGAAAAAUCCUGGAUCCCUCUUUCCUGGCGUUGGAGACUCGAUAAUGUUCACAAGUAUGGAUGAACUGUCCGACAUCAAAGGAAUGUACAUUUUGUUUUAGGGUGAAUUUUCCCUUUAUGGUUGAGGAUGAAAAUAUUGUGUUGGACUUAGAUUUAACACAGACUGUGUGAUUUAUUUGCCACGGGUAUCUGACCUUUUUCCUGCUCCUUUGGGUAUAAUAAUUAUAAUAAUAUAAUUCAUAUGUUGAGGUUUGCAUUAUAAAAUAAAAUGUUUGUUCCCAUA